AUGGAUGAUAAAGAACCCAAUCCCGUCGAAGAGGCUGCUGCCCGCGCCAGGGAGGAGCAAGAACAAGGAGCUCUUCCCUACAAGUGGACACAGACAAUUGGCGACCUAGUCGUGACCUUCAAUGUCCCUGCAAACCUCAAAUCUCGAGACCUAGCCAUAAAUAUCAGCAAGCAGAAGCUAGUCGCAGGAGUCAAGGGCCAAGAACCCGUCAUUUCUGGCGAUCUCCCACACUCUGUCCAAGUCGAUGACUCUACAUGGACACUAACUACAAACGAAACGCCCGAUACGAAGACGGUGGAAAUCCACCUUGAUAAGACUAACAAGAUGGAAUGGUGGGCACACGUCAUAACUACUGCCCCGAAGAUCGACGUAACCAAGAUCACACCGGAAAACUCGAAGCUCUCGGACCUUGACGGCGCCACCCGUGGUAUGGUGGAGAAGAUGAUGUUUGACCAGCGUCAAAAAGAGCAGGGUCUACCGACUUCCGAAGAACAGAAGAAGCUGGAUAUUCUUAAAAAGUUCCAGGCACAGCAUCCCGAGAUGGACUUCAGUAAAGCCAAAAUGAACUAG